AUUUUUAGAUCUUUCUCAGAGAAGUAGCAUUAUUUAGAGCAUAUCUUAAAGUCUGCAUUGGUAACUAUUACUCAAUAUGUAGGAAUAAAGAGAAUUAUCGAUUCUCUUUGAGGUAAAGAAAAAUAGACCAGAACUAAUUAGAUUCAAAUAGAUCUAUCUGCUUGCAUUUUAUCUUAUGGAAAUUAUAACUAGUGUAAUUCUAAUAUGGACAGUAGGAUUAUAGAUCUCUGAUUCGGAUCUGAAUUGUGAUGAUUGGUAAUACUGACAUAUAUAAAUGAAUCCAUACGUGGAUCAUAAGUCGAAAAGAAUCAGCAAAACUAAUAAGUCCGGAAGCAAAGCAGACGACUUAAAAAUUCAACGGAACCUAGUGGCGCAGGAGCCCCUGAACAUGAAUCACAACAGACAUGAUAAAAGCUUCCCUCCCAAUCUGCUCCAGGCCUCGCGAAGGAGUCAGCCGGCCCCGAUCCCAGCGACGACGUGGAACCGUAAUCCUUCUCAGACGACGAUGUCGAGGAAUCUAGCGCCCUUGCCUCCCAUAGGGUACGCGCAACAGAGGGUGGACGGCACAAGGAGGAGAUGUGAGGAUCUUGUCUUACAGAUGAUUCGAGAAUUUGGCCUGGCCAUGGGUCAGACAUUGUCUGAGCCAGUCACCACCAAGUUUUCCUCUAAACAUGAGAACAGUUUUGUCAAAGUUGGCUCUUCUUGUAUGCAGGGAUGGAGAAUAAAUAUGGAGGAUGCACACAGUCAUUUAUUAAGUUUACCUGGAGAUAAAGAAGCCUGUUUUUUUGGUGUAUUUGAUGGCCACGGAGGUGUAAAAGUUGCUCAGUAUGCAGGCAAUAAUCUGCACAAGAAGAUAGUCUCUCAGUCUUCCUACAGUAAAGGCAAUAUAUCAGAAGCCUUAAGGAAUGGAUUCCUUGCUCUUGAUGAAGAAAUGUUGAAAGAUGAAGCCAUGAAGGAUGAGCUUGCAGGAACUACCGCUGUCGUAGUGCUUAUCAAGAAUGGCAAAAUGUACUGUGGUAAUGUAGGUGACUCCAGGGCAGUAGCCAGUGUCCAUGGGGAAGUAGAACAAUUAUCAUUUGACCACAAGCCAAGCAAUGAGAGUGAAACCCGGCGGAUUAUUGCGGCUGGUGGAUGGGUGGAGUUCAACAGAGUUAAUGGUAACCUUGCCUUAUCUAGAGCCUUAGGGGACUUUGUAUUUAAAAAGAAUGACAAAAAGAGAGCAGAGGAACAGAUAGUAACUGCUAAUCCAGAUGUUAUAGAAAAGCCAAUUACUCCUGACCAUGAGUUUAUAGUACUAGCGUGUGAUGGUAUAUGGGAUGUGCUGACCAACCAAGAAGUGGUGGAGUUUGUCAGGAAUAGAAUAGCUCAGCGUAUGGAACCAGACACAAUCUGUGAAGAGCUCAUGACCCGUUGCCUAGCACCAGAUUGCCAGGCCGGUGGCUUAGGCUGUGAUAAUAUGACAGUGGUUCUUGUCUGCUUCCUCCAUGGUGGCACCUACGAUGACCUGGUCAGGAAGUGUGCACGUCCCAGUCGGGCUGGCCCGGCCCCACAUCUUCGUGAUUAUAGUGCAGGAUUUGAGUUCAAGUAGUGGAAGCCUCCCCCCUGCCCUCCCAAAUCUUUCCUCACAGAUUUCUUGUUUGCCUGUUGUUUUUUUUUUCUUUUGGUUUAUCUUCCCCUGGCAAUUUCUUUGAGAAAUGUUAGAAUAUAUAAGAAGAAGGUGUAUUGAUUCUCUGUGUGUCUCAAUACGAGUGCACAUGUUGUUGACUAUUUCUCUGUGUAUGUUUGUGAAUGAAUGUGUGGGCACAUGCAUUAACUGUGUACUUGUUUAAGUUGUAUGAUAGCUAAAGAGAAUCGACUCACUUGUUCAGCUCUGCUCUCUUCAAUGUGUAAAUCCACAUGUGUAUACAAAAUAUAUAUAUAUAUAUAUAUUUGAGGUCGGUAAAUCUGAUUUAAAAGCUUAUUGACUUGAAAUAACUAUAUGCCUGCAAGUUAUGUAUAUGUUGUUGUUGUUUUUUUGCAUGACUUCCAACAUUUUUGUUUGAUUCUUCUGCCCUUGAAGAUGUUGGGGAGAAAGAUAGGAGACCAGAGGAAAUAACUUUGGAGUUGUCUUAUCACCUUGUAAGAAUGGUUUAGAAUUACUGUAUAUACAUAUACAAAGAACAUUGGAUUCUAACAUAACCAAUUCUAAUUUAUUGACCAUGAAAUGUAUUUGUUUUAGAUAAGAACUAAAUCCUGAGUGAUCAUACAUUUUUGUACACAUAAAAUAAAAUAACUUGUCAGCAUUAGAAUUUAUUUAUUUAAAAAAAAAUUGCUUGUAGAGACCUACAUUCAUACCCGUAGUUUCUUGGAUUUCAAUUGAAGAAUAUGAUUGAAAUGUGGAAUACUAGUGUUACAGGGUUCUUUUGUGUUGUGCAUAUAACAUGCAUACAAAAUACUACUUCAACAGAGCUCUGUUUUAUAGUGUUUGUUAUUACAAGAUUAAUUAGCAACUUUUUUUUUUUUUUUUUUAAGAUUUCAAAUUUAUCUAAAGAUUUAAUGCACCAUCCUUUCUGGGUUUGGGGUAGGAUGUAAUAAUCUUCAAUAAUUUAAAACCAAAAAAGCAACUAAAAUUAGUUUAUAAAGAUUUGAAAGAAUCGACAAAAAUUUAUAUACAACAUAUUAAAUGUAAAUAUGUUUAUUUUAAUUAUAAUUCUAACACUGAAAAUAAAUCAUUAUACUAAGUCAUGAUGUGUUAUUGAGGCAAAGAUUUAUUGUUGUUUUUUUUUAAUAUUACCAACUAUUUAGAUGGGCUACAGGUUCUUGUUGGGCCCUAGAUAACACCUAAUCAACACAAAUAACAACAUAUGUUGUUGUUGUUUUUUUAUUAUAUUUUUUAUAUCAGGAACACUUCAAUGCCAAAGUCACUUAGGUCUAAACAGUGUAUAAAUGAAAAACAACUACACUGCUUUGGAGUUGAUCUUUAUGGUAUUUUCUGCAUUAUAAAGGGUGAAAUUAUUUGUAUGUGUAUUGGAACUUAGUCUUAUGCUGAUGUAUUAAAGAAUGGUACAAAAAAGAUUUAGAAGCUAUGUUGGUAUAAUGUUAUCUUUCAAUUAUUUUUUGAAGGAGCAAGAAAAUAAAAUGUUUUAAUUUUAUUUCAAUUUUUUUUUAUGCACUCUGCAUAGUUCAAACCAAGAUCUGGGUAUUUCCCAAAUAGGAGAAUGUGUAUACUGAAAGGACUAGAAAGAUGUGAUUUAUCUUAUUUUAUCUUACUUUUCUGCAUUCGACUGUAAAACUACAGUUGCUUAUAUUCUGCAUACUCCUGCUCAUUGAUUCAAAAUAUUUUUUACAUACUUUGUUAUAUAUGUGUACAAUACGCUCAAUACAAACAAAGAGGCAGAUCAAAUCUCUGAACAGUACUUAGGUUUAAAAUAACAAUGUUUAUACUUUAAGCAAACAGGUCGGUAGCUUUACAAUGAAAAGAAAAGGAAAGCUUAUAAACUAUGCAAUAUUUAACAACAAAAAAAUAUCUGCAAAGGAUUUAGAAUAAAGUUAGCCUGAAAAUUAUUGUGAAGAUGUAAGAAUAGACUUUUGAAUGUUUAUCAGUCUAUAAAUAUGGCUUCCUUACAAAACAUGCUUUGAAUAUCAUAUGUUCUAAUUGACAAAUAUGUAACUCCUCCGUAAAAAAAUUUUUUUUUAGAAGUUUUAUAUUUCUUGUAGUCAAUAGUAAAGUAUUCUUUUCAAUUCACCAUUAACUAAUGUUGUUAAAGAAAUGCCCAUUAUGUCAAUAUACAAGUCUUGUAAUCAUCCAGAUUUUUCUUUUUACUAAGCCUAAUGUUGGGUAACUUUAAUCAAAUGUUUUUUUUUUUACUUGUAUUUGCAUUCUUAGUUAUUUGCUAAAAAUAGAUAUGCCCUUUUAAAUAGAGAUAUCUAUCAAAGUACAUCAAGGAAGUUUAAUAUUAUUAGAGCCCUCAUUUCUCUUUUGUUGAUAACUUUGUAUUUCAAUCCACUGUUUUGCAUACUUUUCAUUUGUUUAAACUUCCAACAAUAAUCAGUCAUUUUCCUUUUUUUUUUUUUCUAGAUUUAUUUAUAUAUAUAUAUUGUUUUGUUGUUUUUUUGUUCAUGGCUUCCUCAACUUUGAUCUUCACUAAAGUCAUUUCAGUUAUUUAAAGAGGAAAUAAAUACAUUGACAAAUAUUACAUUGACUUUCAUUUUGAGUCUAGUUGAAAGAUUACGUUGUGAGCUGUUUUCACUUUUUUUUCUUUUUUCAAUUUAUUAUCACAUUUUAAUCAUUUUCUCAGACUUAAACUGUUUUUGUUUUUUUUUUAUGGUUCUCAAACUGUUGUUACAAGUAUUUGAAUUCAAUGUUUUCUUUUUCUAUGCUCUAUACAAGUGAUGACAGUAUUUAUUCUUCAGUUUCUUGUUCCAUUGUGAAAUGCUUGGUUCACUUUUCCAAGGCUGUGUCAGUGCUACUUCCUUUUUUUUUAAAUGUGUAUUGAUGUAAAAUGGUUCAGGGAAUGACUGUGCUGGUUGGAUAUUAGUAGAUCAUUCAUACAAAUGUUUUUUGUUUUUUUUUUAUAUAUUUUUGUAGACCCCAUGUUACUGUAUUUGUUCUUAAUGCCUGCAACCAAAAACAAUUGUAAAUUAUAUCUAGAUGAGAUCUACAGUUUGCUGUAUAGUUGUUUUUAAGCUAGAUAGUCUUUUACAAGUCAAUGGCUGUCUGAUCAUGUGGUAGGCAUGCUGGACUAUUAGUUUGCCGUCUCAAUUGUCCUGGGUUCAUAUUUGCCUGUUGCCAUCUCCUGUCGACCUGCUUGAGGUUUGGACAAGGAAGUAGAUUAUCUUCAACUCUAUUAGUAACAUCUGAAACAUGUAAAACAUUUUAAAAUAAACAAGCUGACAAUGUCUGUAAUGAACAGUCUAUUUAUAUAAAGUUGACAUCAAGUUGUUGUUUUUUUUAAAUAUUAAGUAAAAUACAGGACAAAUAGUUGUUUGUUUUUUAUGAAAGUGAGAUUUUGAAAAUAUUUUAGAUGUAAGACACUUGAAGCAGGCAAUGAUAAUCAUGGUAUCUUUAGUUUGUUUACAUAUAAGUUAAGGUCUCCUUGAUUACAUUCACUACCUGAGCUAAUGUAACAGCUUGGGGAAUUGGGGGUGGGAGAAGGAAUGGAGAUCAUGAAUAAAACUGCCAUGCUAAGUUGUUCUUUAUUUGACCUCGGUGGCUAUAUAUAUAUAUGUAUGUGUGUUGAUUCUGUAUAAUUGAUAUGGAGCUUCUUUUAUAUAAAUGCUGGUGAUAAUGAUAAAACAUUGUAGUCAAACCUUGUUAUAUUCUUAUUUAAAAAAGCAGAUAUUGAAAUAUAACAGCACUAGCUAGUCGGACCAUAGCUGGGUUGUUAUUUAAUUUAUUUUCAUUAGUGCAUAUUUCUCCAUAUUUUGUGUAUUGCCUUAGCUAGAAAGGAAGAUGCAAGAAGAGAAUUUUAUGCAGGAUUUAAAAAAAAUUGCAAAGAUCUUCUAAUGUUAUAAGAGAACUAUUCUUGUGCUCUACCUUCUCUGGAUUUAAAACAAAAUCUAUUCUAGUGACUCUUUAACUACCAAGGGAAUAGAGUUGAUGCAUACCCCAAGUCACAGCGCUCACUAACAAUUCCUGUUUGAUUUAACUUAGUGGUUAAUUUGGCAAAGCUUGCUAGGCUAUCUAUAUAGGUGGGCUUGAGUUCAAAUCCAGACUUGAUCUGAGUUGUGUUUGCUGAGCACCCAAGGCAGCACAGAAACCUUCUCCCAACUACCUCUCCCCCCCCCCCCCCCCUCUUACUAUCCACACAAAAAUGAAAUCAAAGCUGAACCUACAAGUUUAAAGGUAUUAUUAUUUAACGAAGCUAUGUUCUAUAGAGCAAACUGAGGCUGUACUGCAUUUGUAAAGUCUUAACUGCUUAACACAAUUAUUUCAAUGAACAGUCUUGGCUUAGAGCUGCCCUCUGUGUUGUUUGAACAUACACCAAGUCCAAUGUUGUUUUGUCUUUCUUGCUGGUACUUAAUGAAAUUUGUUCCUGUUCAUGCCGGUUGAAACCUUAUUUUGUAUUCCACUUUUUUUUUGUUCCAUAUUUUGAAGUUCUAUUUUUGUGUGUGACCUUUUACCUCUUUUUAUAAAUUUAACAUUUAUAUUUUGAUUUCUGUCAGUUUUGUUUUAACUAUAUUAUUGUAUUCAGUUCAGUUCCGUUGUCAGAAGAUUAUUUGAUUUUACACUAAGAUUUAACUUGAUUGAGAUAGAAAUAUUAGUCUAUAUAAAUUUGUAUGAAUAAGGGUCAUUUAUAAAGGCUUGUCUUCGAGUCCGAAGAUUAGUGAGGAAUGCAGUACAUCCUGUGGCUGCGCACCCUCAGUUGUGACCUACAUAUAUUUCCACAUCCAGGGCAAGCAUAACCAUUGCCUGCAGGAGGUCGAUUAAAUUUUCUUUUUGCCGUCUGCGUCUGUCCUAUGCAGUGGAUUUUCUUUUGGUUUCAAAUGUGUAUCCCACGGCCUUUGUGAGUGACCUCCAGCUGUCUCCUUCUGAGGCCGCAUGCAACCAGGUGCUCUCUUCUAUCUCAGCUAUGGCAAGUUGGUGCCUAAGCUGGUCUUUGAAGCGUUUCCGUUGGGUACCUCUGUUACGUCGACCACCUUUUAGCUCACCAAAAAAUACUGCCUUUGGCAUACGUCUCCCAUACAGGAUACAUGUCCUGCCCAGCGUAAUUGUCGAACCAUAAGAACUCCCUCUAUACUGUCCAUACCAGCGUUUGCAAGGACAUCGCUGUUUGUAGUGCGGUCUUGCCACAGUAUGUCCAUGAUGGAGUGCAAGCAUCUUUGGUGGAAGCGAUCAAGUAGUCUUAGUUGCUUUCUGUAUAGUAUCCAUGUCUCAGAUCCCUAUAGAAGGGUUGAGAGACAUUGCCUGAUAGACAUUGAUUUUUUUGUAGCAGAUAGAGUGAUUUAUACAACAAACUAAAGGGAAGGCAAUAAAGUCAAGUUCCAAAAAUGUGUUCCAUAUAAACUGCCUUCUGGCUUCCCUUUGGUAUAGAUUUCUUACAUGUAUUGUUUAAUACAGUAUUUUUAAUACUUUAGAAAGAAGCAUUAUUUCUUUUAACAAAUGCUUUGUUUUUCAUGUUUUGCAAGUUUAGACUGCUGUAGGAAAUGCUUUAUUUUUUAGUAUGAAAAGCUUCAAAUCUGCUCAUCCAAUUAAUUUUUUCUUUAGUUUUUUGCUGAGAAUUCUGUUUUUAUUUUGUCAGAUUUGAGUGUAUGUUGUAGCCAUUACAGUUUAGUGCUGAAUGCCAGUGUUCAUUGAUUGAUUUCUCUGUACUGUCUGUGCAUCUCCUUUCACUGUUGUGUUGGUGCUAGAGCUAGAGUAGAACCACGACUUGGUUUGUUUCAUCAGUUGGUCAGAACAAAGCAAUAAUAAAGACUGUUGUUAGAGCACAAGACUGCUGUUAGUAGUUUGUUAUAAAACAGCUAAACAGCACAUAACCAUGAAAAUAUUAAAUUGCCUGUUGCCAUUCAGUGUUGUAAAGCGCUGUGUGUCCUAUGGCCGUGAUUAAUUUUGUUUUUCUUUGAGUAUAAUACAAGCCUGUCCCAUUGGCUGGUUGGAUGUGCUCAAUAUGACAGAUUAGCUUUUAAAAAUAUAGAUGCGUAGCAAAAUGAAAAGGGAAAAUUAUCUAUUAAUAUUGUGUUGUGGUCAUCUAACAUUAUAAACCAUCCUGUACAGUAAUGUUAGAUCUUCUUUGGUUGCUGUUUUUUUUUUUUUAAUUUAUGGAAGGUGAAUUUUUUGAUGACACAUUUAUAAACUUUUUUUUACCCUUAGAUAUGGCAUCAAAAUAUACUAAAAAUAUUUGUUUCCAAUUGGUUAGAAUGUUAGUAAGACUGUUUGACCAUAGCAAGUUUGUUGUGCAUUUCAAUACUCAUUAUGAUUAGGCAUUAAAAUUUUAAAACAGCUUUUAAAAUUACACAUGUUUUUGACAGUUGAAUUAAUUUCAAAAUUUUAUUUCUGUGUUGCUAAAUAUAAAUUAUAAAAGUAUUCUGGCUGCAUCUACUGUUAAGCAUUUAGAGUGGACAGAACUUGAAAAUAAUAAUUGUGUUUUAAGUGGGACAUGUGUAUUGUUUAGCAUUUAAAGUGGACAGAACUUGAAACUAAUAAUUGUGUUUCAGAUGAGCUGAUUACCCACUAGAAUAAUUAGAAUAAAAAUGUAACCUUGUCCAUAAGUUUAUUCCCAUAUUCAGAUAUUUCUUGAGUUCUGAUAGCCCCUCCCCUUCCUUGACAUCACUACAGCAGCAAUCCUGAUUCAAACCAAACUUGUCACUUAGAAUUAUGCACCAUUGUAAAGUCAUGUCAACUGCUCUUGUGAUAACAUUUGUUUAGUUGUCUUUGUUUGUCAACUCUAAUUCUCCCCCCCCCCUUUCCUGAACUUUUAAGUCCAAUUUGUGUUUCUCUUUGAGGAUUGGAACUCAUUGUGCUUCCUGGAUAUUAUUUUUUUUCUAAUUUUUUUUUCAGCUUAAAAAAAAAAUUAAUUAAUAUCUACCAUGAAGAUGUGUCAUUUAUACAUUUUAUAAUCUAACAGAGUUGUAAUUGUUAUAUAUGUAUAUAUCUAUAUCUAUGUAUAUCUUGUGAACAGAGACUCUGCAUCUGUGUUGUUGUGGUCAAACCAACUCUUCAAUGUUAUUUUUUUGAACAAUCAGCAAGACCUGUGUUACUUCUUCAUGUAUCUCACAGCAGCCUGUGUGCUAUAGAAUAGAGGUUUUUAAGUUUGGUUUAUUUUAAUUAAUUUUUCUUUUUUUUUUUUUGGCUUGUUUUUUUUUUCUCCAGACCUGUUGUCAGAUGGUGUAUACCCCCUUGUAUAUUGACUUAAAACAAUUUGUUUUAGCAUUUCUUGACCCUUUUCCAUAAGUGGAUGUACAUUGAGCAGGAUUGCAAAAUAAGCAAAACAAAUUCACAACUUAGAAUUUGUGCUCAUUAUGUUUGGCAGAAAUUUGUUAAGUAUCCCCCCACACACACACACAAGUUAAUCAAGAGUGUUUUUUUCUCCCUCCCUCUAACUUGCCACAGAGUACCUUAGAGGUGACAUCUUGUAUUAUUAGUUAGAGACAUGAUAUCCUUUUGCCAAAUAAAAUAUUGUUAUUAAAGGUAUAUUUACAGAUCUAUGACUUAUUUGUCUGUCAGUGCCAGGUUUGUUUGUUUUUUAAACAGACAAGAUAAUUCCAAUGUUACUGAUGUGAUGGGGAGGGGUGUUGAUGAUACUUCUGAAAUAUCGUGUGCUGUUGUGAAGGACUUCAAUUCUAUUCUUCUGUCAUUCUGAAAUAGGAAAUAUAUUUAUACAAUCCUCCAAAGGUUUCUUUAUUUGUUUGAAUUUAAAGUCUAUAAUGCAGGAACUCCUUCCAGAGUGUGCAUGGUAUAUGUAGAUAGUUUUGUUUACAAUUAUUGUAUUACUGAGUUGAGUUGUAGUCUCUUUGUUUUUCAAUUUUGCAAAAUUUUGUUGGUUACAACUUAGCAUUAUUUCUAUGCUGGUCAUUUAUUUAGUUUAUUUAACAUCUUUUUUUUUCUGAAAAAAAAACAACAAAUUAAUAAAAAAAAAAAAAACAAAUGCAAAA